AUGGCGGGGCAGCGGCGCGCGCGCGAGGACGCGGUCGCGGUCGUGGACGUCCUGAAGGGCUCCACCACCGCGGACGACUCGGGCGACGACGAACUGGACGCGGUCGUCGUCAACCCCGCGACGGUCGCGAGGCUCGCGCGAUACGCGGAGUGGGGUGAUGGUGGCGUGAAGGGGUUCUUUGAGCCCGGGCUCUGCGCGCUGUACGCGUCCCUCGACGCGUUUCACGUGCGCAACGGCGUCAAGGGAUCGCUCGCGGAGAUUGGGGUGUACCACGGGAAAUCCUUCGCGCCGCUCGCGCUGAUGCGGCGCGACGACGAGCGCUGCGUCGCCGUGGACUGCUUCGACGCGCAGGAGCACAACGUGGACGACAGCGGCGCGGGUGACAGAGCCGCGUUCGAGCGCAACGUCGCGCGCGCGAUGCGCGCGUGUCGCGAGGACGACGACGACGACGAGGACGAGGACGGGGAUGGAUCCGACGGAUCCGACGGGACCGACCCCGCGUGGCUGCGCGUCGUCGAGGCGGACUCGGCGACGACGCCGCCGGAGACGCUGACGCGCGCGGCGGACGGGCAAACGUUCCGAAUCUUCAGCAUCGACGGGUGCCACACCGAGUCCCACACCGCGGCGGACGUGGAGACGGCGUCGAGGACGCUGCACGACCUCGGCGUCGUCGUCGUCGACGACGCGUUUAACCCCGACUGGCCGGGGGUCGUCGCGGGGCUGUUCCGGUGGACGGAGCGAAAUCGAAACCGAAACCGAAACGGCGGCGGCGCGUCGACCGCGCCGCCGCUCGUGCCGUUCGCGAUAGGGUAUAACAAAGUCCUCAUGUGCCGCCCGGACGCGCACGACGCGUUGUUGACGCACGUGAAGACGUCGCGCGAGACGCGAGCAUCGGUUCGGAAAACCGCCGAGUUUCUCGGCGGAGAAGUCGUCGUCCUCCCGCACGGUUGGAUCUCCACGUUCCACGGGAACGAACGACUGAGCUCGAGUAAUUAG